AUGGCAGCUGGUUUGUUGGCUCAUGAGGUAGCUGACCUCUGUUUAGGAAAGCCACCCCUGAAAUCUCUUUCCAUUUCGGCCACUGUUGCUGAUGCUUUGACUGCUCUCAAGGCUUCCGAUGAGAACUGGAUCAGUGUAUGGAGCUGCGACCACCACUCCAACAAGAACAGCUUCAAUGUGAAUGAGGAUUGUGUCUGCAUUGGAAAAAUUUGCAUGGUUGAUAUCAUUUGUUAUCUUUGUGAAGAAGAGAACCUUUGUUGCCCUUCUUUGGCUCUGCAGUCUCCUGUUUCUGCAUUGCUGUCAAAGGUUCCUGGCUUGGUGAGGCACGUGGAACCCUCUUCAAGCAUAGUCGAAGCUAUUGAUCUGAUCCUUCAAGGGGCUCAGAAUCUUGUUGUCCCUAUAAAGAGCAGAAUUACUGGAAGCUCAAGAAGGAAAUUACUCCAAAAAUCAACCUCAGUCACUCCCACGAUACACAAUGGCCGUGAAUUUUGUUGGUUAACACAAGAGGAUGUGAUCAGAUUCCUUCUCAACUCCAUUGGCCUUUUCUCGCCAAUUGCUGCACUUUCAAUUGAAAGACUUGGGAUUAUUAGCUCCGAAUUUAUGGCCGUAACGUACCACUCGCGGGCCUCAUCAGCGAUUGGAGCAAUUGCACAAGCCCACAGCGAUCAAACAUCAGUGGCUGUUGUUGAUGAUGACGGCAUUUUGGUAGGAGAGAUUUCUCCCUUCACCCUUGCUUGCUGCGACGAGUCCGUGGCAGCUGCAAUCACAACCCUCUCCGCAAGUGAUCUGAUGGCCUAUAUAGAUUGCGGAGGUCCACCUGAGGACAUUGUGAGGCUUGUGAUUGCACGGUUGAAGGAGAGAGAUCUCCAGGGAAUGUUAGAUGAGUUCAUGAUCGAUUCGUCUAACAUUUCCUCUAACUCCUCAUCUUCAUCUGAUGAGGAGUUCUCAUCCUCAACCACGACGUUGUCACGGUUGGGGAGGCUUAAUAGGUCUAGUAGUUACUCAGCUAGGAUGAUGAGAAGGGCCGAGGCAAUAGUUUGCCAUCCAGGAAGCUCUUUGGUGGCUGUGAUGAUUCAGGCACUUGCGCAUCGCGUAAAUUUCGUUUGGGUGAUUGAAGAGGAUGGCAGUGUGGUUGGAAUCGUCACAUUUUCAGACAUUUUGGGGGUUUUCCGCGAACAUCUAGAUUCCAUGGUUUAA